CAGUUAGCCCCUCACAUUCCUGUUUCCACCCCCCAGCACGGUAUGCCAAAUGGACCCUCCCAGCCUAUGCCCCCUCUGGCUUUAGUACAAAGCUCCGUCCGAAUCCAACAGUUGUUCCAGUGUUUUCCUGGAGCCACCAGGACCACUGGUUCUCCCGGGCUUCUCUGAGCACCCAACCAAUUGCUGCAUCCGCCUCCUUGAGGAGCAAAUUUGUCUCUAGCUUGCUUGGUCGGAAUCUUGGGGGAGAGGUACCUCGCUGGACUCUGCGCACUUCACUUUGCAGUGGUCUGAAUGCUAGCGGUCACCUGCAUAUUUCACGGCUGUCUCAGCUCCGCCUACAGUCGAGGAAUUGAGGUUUGAGUGUUUCUCCAAAAGCUACGGCUUCUCCCACCAGCGGCUAAGUUGCAACAAUGGGCAAUUCCUGCUUUGGCUUCAAGGAACGUGUGCUGCAGCGCCUGCAGCUUCUGCCCGCCCUGCUGAUAAUUCGCAUCUUUCUGCCACACCGAAAGGUCAAAGAUUUCCGUGUGGUGGUAGUCGGCUCCGCUGGAGUGGGCAAGAGCACCUUGGUACAGAGGUGGGUGCGCGGCACCUUUCGCGAUUCAUAUUUGCCGACGAUUGAAGAUACCUAUCGCCAGCUAGUGGGCGGCCAGCGCCGCAUGGGCGUGCUGCAAAUCACCGAUGCCACCGGCGGCCAGCGCUAUCCUGGUCUGAAGCGCAUGGCCAUUGCCAGGGGCCAUGCCUUUAUCUUGGUCUACUCAGUCACCAGGAAGGAAACCCUCGAGGAGCUGAAGCCCUUCUAUGAGCUGAUCCGCGAGAUCAAAGGAAGCAACCUGCAUAAGUUCCCUAUUGUGCUGGUGGGCAACAGAAAUGAUGAAGGCCCCAGAGAGCUGGCCCUGGCGGAUGGUGCUGCCUGCGCGCAGGAGUGGAAUUGCGCCUUCAUGGAGACCUCGGCCAAGGAAGACAUCAACGUCCAAGAGCUGUUCCGCAUGCUUCUGUACCACAACAACAAGCCCACUACCUGCCUGGAGAAGAAAUCCCGAAUGACCCGGGCCAUCGAGAAGAUGCUUGACAAGUACAUGGUCAUGUGAGCCCCGACCUCCGCAGCCUAACCUUCUUAUCCUGUAGUGUGCAGAAAACAUGGACUAAUCCCAGUGUAAUGUGUCCCAAGUGCAUCAUUGAUUUCUGUGCUGUGACCUGGACUGUAACAACUAGACAUCAAUAAAUGUACACAAGUUGAUAACUUUUAUUUUUCCCAGGCAAGAGAAUUCAAUUAUGAAAGCAUUGGUACUUGAGCAGGAGGAGGGAAAAAUAAAAAGAAGCACCACGUAUUAAAAAUAAGACUGUAACUGUUGUAACUGUUAUUGUGUAUUAUUUGUAAACAUUUCAAGUCCCCUAAAUGCCUAAUCAUAUCUUUCCAUUGUGUAUAUAAUCAUUAAGAAAUGUGUUUUGCAACAAAAGCCUUGGCAAAUUGCUGUGAGUCUGGAUAUACUGAACAUGAAAAAAUGAACAUUCUGUAGUUGAACAUUGAGACUAGGAACAGAGAAAAUUGUAGAAGUGAAACUUGCUCCUCAAAGAUGUGCUGAUUGUCAUUUACAAAUGUUCAGAUAAACUACAUAGCAAUUUUAAAAGUGUGCAAAAAUUCCUUGACUUAAUAAAGCUUUUCGUGUAUGCAA